GUAUUUUGUAGGUAUUUAAUGGGUACCUUAGCACAGCCUACUAUUUCAACAGCUGUUUAAAGAACGAAAAUAAAAUGCACCUAAAUUUCUUGUUUAUUUUGGUGCUCUGUGCAGGGCAGGCCCGGGCGGAACUCUCCGGCCUCCUGAGUGCCCUCCACUACUUUGGGCUCUACUCCAACGGAACGUCGGACUCCCUGGGAAUUUCGCGGGGUCAGUGCCACUACAGCUUCGACACCUAUGCCCUCCUGGAGGAGCGCCGCACCUGUGCCACAGAUGACGAGCACAUCCUGCACUUGACCCAGGCGCCGCCGGUGAGGAAGCCACCCUUUCUGAUCAAGUGCCUGCAGGAGCUGGAGCCUUCAGAGAAUGGGACCGCCGCGGAGCCGGGAUUGCUGAUAAUGCGCAGUGCCAAGGAGAUUGUGAGCCUGCUGAAGCCCAUUGGCAAUGCCACCAAGCGCCACGAGCCCGGCAGCUGUGUGGUGGUCCAUUUCUGCACGGCCUCCAGUUUGGAGUGCGCCCGGGUGGCUCCGGUGAUGAACCUGCUGCCCCAUCUCUUCCCCACGCUGCCCAUCGCCUAUGUGGAUGCUUAUGAGUUUGGGCGCUUCAAUGCAGAGUUUGGGAUCGUGUCACUGCCCACGCUGAUGAUCUUUCACCAGGGCAGGCCGCUCAUCAAGUACGAUCCCUCGUGGUCGGACUCGGAGAAGCGCAGCUUUGGCAAGUUCAUAAUGCGGCACACCAAUGUGAGGACUGUGGAUCCGCAGGCCAUCCAUCCGGACAUCCUCAAUCGCUCGCGCAGAGAGCCCCUGUCCAAUGUGCCCAUCGUGCAGACCGACUACUAUCUGGGCUUGGCCUGGGCCUUCAUCCUGGCCUGCCUGGCCAACUACCUGCGGCAGACUGUCUUCUGGAAGCAGCUGGUCGAGAUGGUGCAGCGCAACUGGCGGGAAUCGGAGGAGACCCAAAUGGAGAUGGUUGACUAGUCUAUGUCUUAGCUUAAUUUAAUUCAAACUCAUUGGGUUCACUAAUGUAAUGUAAUUACCGUUUAAUUAAAUUCACAUCAACAUUUA